UGUGAUUCUGUCGGGGGUGCAUCAAAGAUGGCUUUGAGUAUGGAUGGUACCUACAUCAACCAACGUCCCGUUAAUUUACCGAGGAUAUUGUAAAGAAAUAACGGAUUUUCUUGCGUCGAAAGCGAAGGCGGUAGUAGUUGUCGCGAGCAGUGUUCACACGCUCGUCGCACUACGACCCCGCUCGCGUGUUUUUGAUUGCGCUAGCUAGCUAACGGACGCUAACGACAAUUUGUAAAUAUUAGCCAGCUAAGCUAGCCACUGCUGGUAAAAUGGCCACCAUGGAUAAAUUGAUGAAGGCCUUUGAAUCUCUCAAGUCAUUCCAGCAACAACAGGGACCACCAACGGCCGAGGAGAUGGUUCAAAAACAGAAGAAAGAGCUGGCGACCACCAAAAAGGACAGAGUGGCCCACUGCCUGACCAUAUGUGAGAACAUCGUAGCUCAGUCUCUGAGAACGUCUCCGGAGUUCCAGAAGCUUCUGGGCAUCGCCAUGGAGAUGUUCUUGCUGUGCAGCGAUGACCGAGAGUCAGACGUCAGGAUGGUGGCAGACGAGUGCCUGAACAAAAUCAUCAAAGCGUUGAUGGACUCCAACCUUCCCAGACUGCAACUGGAGCUCUACAAAGAGAUUAAAAAGAACGGUGCCUCUCGGAGCCUGAGGGCUGCUCUUUGGAGGUUCGCUGAGCUAGCACACCUCGUCAGACCACAGAAAUGCAGACCCUACCUGGUGAACCUCCUCCCCUGUCUGACCAGGAUCACUAAGAGACAGGAGGAGAGUGUUCAGGAGACCCUGGCUGCUGCCAUCCCGAAGAUCAUGUCUGCUCUGGGGCACUUCGCUAACGACGGGGAGAUCAAGGUGUUGUUGAAGUCGUUUGUGGCCAACCUGAAGUCUACUUCUCCUACGAUCCGGCGGACGGCCGCCAGCUCAGCGGCUAGUAUGUGUCAGCACUCUAGACGGGCCUCCUACUUCUACACCUGGCUGCUCAACAUCCUGCUGGGUCUGUUGGUCCCUGUAGAUGAGGAUCAUCCUAGCCACCUGGUCCUGGGGGUGUUGUUAACCCUUCGCUACCUGAUGCCUCAACUACAGCAACAGGACAGGACCACCAGCCUCAAAGGAAGCUUCGGAGUCACGAGGAAGGAGUCUGACGUACAGCCCACGCCUGAACAGCUGCUGCAAGCGUAUGAGUUGACUCUACACUACACCCAGCAUGGUGAUCACAACGUGGUGACGGCGGCUCUGGAGCUGCUGCAGCAGAUGUUCCGGACUCCGCCCCCAGAGCUGCUGCACAUGCUCAUUACGCGCGGCAGCGUUCUGCGCGCCGGCGUGUUCCGACAGGACAUCGAGAGCCGCGCCCGCUCCGGCAGCGUCCUGGAGUUCAUUGCCGGGGGCGGGUCUUCCUGUAAUAGUCCACUCCUCCUCAGAAAACAAAAAGGCAAGAUGCUGUCGGGGGAGGAGGAGGGGUUAGAGGACGACCCUGAGAGGGCAGAGGUCACCACCGGGGCCUUUACAGGCACAGCCCAGGUAGUCGACAUCAUUACCGAGCAGCCCCGUUCCUCACAGCAUGCUCUGCAGCCCGGCGAGUCCGUGGACAUCAGUGGCGCCUCCUCGGAACAAGGAACGACUGCCCUCGGGACCUCCGGAACCGUCUCCGGCAGUGAGGGAGGGGCGGGGACUCCGGAGUCGCCCAAUGACAACGGGGCGGAUGAGGACAUGCUUAGCCACAGCUCCAGCGGGGCUAACGUUACCCCGGAAACGGCCGACUACGCCACACCAGAGAAUGCGGAGAUGCCCGACGGGCCCCUGCUGGACCCCCUAGGAGACCCCUCACUGCCCCCGAGCGCCGACUCAUCGCAGACCACCACAGAGGGGCCGGACUCGGCCGUCACGCCGUCAGACGUCGCUGAACUCGUGUUGGACAGCAGUGAGAGCCUGUAUUCAGGGAUGCAGAUUGGAACGUUACAGGAUGAGGAAGAGGAGGGAGCCGUUCCUUCCUCACUUGGCCAAGCACACCCUGAACCUUUCUCCCAGUCCGCACUGGCCCUGAGUAGACCCCACCUCCUAGAGGGCAGAGGUCACAACAGACAGGCGUCAGACAGCAGUGUGGAUCACUUCAUACCAAAGGAGGAACCAGUGGAGACAACAGAGCUGGAGAACAAGCCAUCGAGGAUAAAGGGUCCGAUUGGCCACUACACAGACCAAGGGGCGGAGCCACUGGUUCACUGUGUACGACUCCUCUCUGCCUCCUUCCUACUGACUGGACAGAAGAAUGGGCUGGUCCCUGAUAAAGAGGUCCGUGUCAGUGUGAAGGUCCUAGCAGUCAGCUGUAUCGGAGCAGCAGCUGCUCUUCAUCCUGAAGCCUUCUUCAACUCUCUGUUCCUGGAACCCCUGGAUGGAGUUACACAGGAGGAGCAGCAGUAUAUUAGUGAUGUGUUGUGUCUGAUCAGCCAUGGAGACCCUCAGAUCAGAGGAGCUACAGGUGUAUUGUGUGGAGCGAUAAUACACUCUGCUCUCAUCAAGACACGUUACAACAUACAUACCUGGAUGUCCACCAUACACAACUCUACAGGUAACCCAGUAUCCCUGGUGGAUCUAGUUCCUGUACUACAGAACACUCUAAAGGAUGAGUCCUCUGUCACCUGUAAGAUGGCCUGCUCUGCAGUCAGGCACUGCAUCAUGACUCUGUGUAGCAGUACUCUGAGUGAGUUGGGCCUGCAGCUCCUGGUCGACCUGCUGACCUUAAAGGACUGUUCCUAUUGGCUGGUCAGGACGGAACUCCUCGACACUCUGGCAGAGGUGGACUUCCGGUUGGUGAACUUCCUGGAGAAGAGAACAGAGAGUUUACACAAAGGAGAGCAUCACUACACUGGGUUGCUAAGGUUACAGGAGAGAGUGUUGAAUGACGUUGUGAUCCAUCUGUUGGGAGACGACGAUCCUCGAGUACGACACAUAGCCGCUGCCACUGUCAGCAGACUAGUCAGCAGGUUGUUCUAUGAGUGUGACCAGGGCCAGGCUGAUCCAGUGGUGGCUAUAGCCAGGGACCAGAGCUCUGUCUAUCUACAGCUACUGAUGCACGAGACACUACCACCUUCACACUUUACUGUCUCUACCAUCACCAGGACGUAUCGUGGUUAUAACCUGUCUCAGGGAGUAUCAGACGUCACUGUGGAGAAUAACUUGUCAAGAGUCGUCUCUGCUGUGUCCCACGCUCUCACCUCCUCCACGUCUAGGGCCCUCACUUUUGGCUGCUGUGAGGCACUGCAUCUCCUGACCACCACCUUCCCAGCAUGCACCUGGAGUACGGGCUGGCACUGUGGCUACGUCAGCUCCACCGUCACACACCCCAACCGUUCCAACCUCAACCGCUCCCGGGCACGCUCACACAGCCUCUCCCAGCCCGGCUCAGGUCCGUUAGAGGAAGGGAAGAGGACUCUAACAGUAGGGAUGGCUAACAUGGUGUUGUCUCUACUGUCCUCUGCAUGGUUCCCUCUGGACCUCUCUGCUCACCAGGACGCUCUGCUGCUGGCCGGGAACCUGCUCGCUGCGGCAGCCCCAAAGUGUAUGCGUAGUCCCUGGGCGGGGGGGGAGGAGGAGGGCGGGCCAGCCCCCAGUAAAGCGGAGGAGCCCUGGGCAGCGGUGGGGGAGCGCCCCCUAGUGGUCCUUGUGGAGCAGCUCUUCUCUCACAUCCUCAAGAUACUCAACAUCUGUGCCCACGUGCUGGACGAUGCGCUGCCAGGACCCGCCCUCAAGGCCACCCUGCCCUCCCUAGCCAACGCUCCCUCUCUCAGCCCCAUCAGAAGGAAAGGCAAGGAGAAGGAGGUAGCAGAGCCCAGCACCGCUCCUAUGAGCCCUAAGAAAGGCAGUGAGACUAACACUGGCAGACCAGCGGACAGCACGGGGUCCACCACUAAUAUCAACAAGUCCACGACCCUGGGAAGCUUCUAUCAUCUGCCUACCUACCUCAAACUGUACGACGUCCUCAAAGCUACACACACCAACUAUAAGGUGACGUUGGACCUCCACAGCACCAAUGAGAAGUUUGGAGGGUUUCUGCGCUCUGCACUGGACGUCCUGUCUCAGCUGCUAGAGAUGGCCACGCUGCACGACAUCGGGAAGUGUGUGGAAGAGAUCCUCAGCUACCUGAAGGCCUGCUUCUCCAGAGAACCUCUGAUGGCUACUGUCUGUGUACAACAGUUGUUGAAGACGUUGUUUGGUACCAACCUAGCCUCCCAGUACGAGGGGGCCCAGGGCGGGCCUAGUCGAUCCCAGGGGAAGGCUCUUCGUCUGGGCUCGUCCAGCCUGAGACCUGGCCUCUACCAUUACUGCUUCAUGGCUCCCUACACACACUUCACCCAGGCCCUGGCCGACGCUAGCCUCAGGAACAUGGUGCAGGCUGAACAGGAGCAGGACGCGUCAGGGUGGUUUGAUGUCAUGCAGAAGGUGUCCAACCAGCUGAGGUCCAGUAUCACCAACGUGACCAAACAGAGAGGAGACAAGAAUGCGAUCCACAACCACAUCCGUCUGUUUGAGCCUCUGGUGAUCAAGGCUCUGAAGCAGUACACCACCUCCACCUCUGUGGCGCUGCAGAGACAGGUCCUGGACCUGCUGGCACAGCUAGUACAGCUACGAGUAAACUACUGUCUGCUGGACUCAGACCAGGUGUUCAUAGGCUUUGUAUUGAAGCAGUUUGAGUACAUUGAGGUGGGACAGUUCAGAGAUUCGGAGGCGAUCGUCCCCAACAUAUUCUUCUUCCUGGUUCUGUUGUCGUACGAGCGGUACCACUCCAAACAGAUCAUCAGCAUCCCAAAGAUCAUUCAGCUCUGUGAUGGCAUCAUGGCUAGUGGCAGGAAGGCUGUCACACAUGCCAUCCCAGCCCUGCAGCCUAUAGUCCAUGACCUGUUUGUUCUGAGAGGCUCCAACAAGGCUGAUGCUGGGAAGGAACUGGACACCCAGAAAGAGGUGGUGGUCUCCAUGCUGCUGAGACUCAUACAAUACCACCAGGUGCUGGAGAUGUUCAUCCUGGUCCUCCAGCAGUGUCACAAGGAGAACGAGGACAAGUGGAAGAGACUGUCCAGACAGAUAGCUGACAUCAUACUGCCCAUGAUAGGAAAACAACAGAUGCACCUGGACUCCCCUGAGGCUCUGGGAGUGUUGAACACUCUGUUUGAGACGGUGGCCCCCUCCUCUCUCCGCCCUGUAGAUAUGCUGCUGAAGGGAAUGUUCACUACACCUGCUACCAUGGCUAAUGUCAACACAGUUCAGUUGUGGGUGUCAGGUGUCUUGGCUGUCCUCAGAGUCCUCAUCUCUCAGUCCACUGAAGACAUAGUCCUCUCUCGUGUCCACGAGCUUUCCCUCUCUCCUCUCCUCCUCUCCUGUCCCACCAUCCGACAUCUCCACGACGACAGCAGCCUCUCGUCACCCCCGCAACCGCCUCCGGCGACCCCGGCAACCGUCGCCACCGACAACCAGGAGGCCAACGGAGAGAGGGUGCUCCCGGAGGAGACCUUCGCCAGGUUCCUGCUCCAGCUAGUGGGGGUGUUGUUAGAUGACAUCUCUACCAGACAGGUGAAGGUUGACAUGACAGAACAGCAACACACAUUCUACUGUCAACAGCUGGGAACGUUGUUAAUGUGUCUCAUACACAUCUUCAAGAGUGGCAUGUUCCGUAGGAUCACGGCAGCAGCCACCCGUCUCCUGAAGGUAGAGUCUGGUCUGGGUGGAGGUCCAGGGGCCAGUGGUGUCUUCUAUCCCCUAGAGGGUCUUAAUGCCAUGGUGGGCUGCCUGGUGACCACACACCCCUCUCUGGUUCUGCUCUGGUGCCAGGUCCUCCUCAUCAUCAACUACACCAACUACAGCUGGUGGACAGAGGUUCACCAGACACCCAGGAGACAGAGUCUGUCCUGUACCAAGCUGCUGAGCCCACAUUCCCCAGGAGAGCUGGAGGAGGAGAGACCAGAGGCCAGGCUGGCCAUGUGUAACAGAGAGAUCGUACGCAGGGGAGCACUCAUCCUCUUCUGUGACUACGUGUGUCAGAACCUGCACGACUCGGAGCACCUGACCUGGCUGAUUGUCAACCACGUCCGUGACCUCAUCAACCUUUCCCAUGAGCCUCCGGUGCAGGACUUCAUCAGUGCCGUGCACCGCAACUCUGCCGCCUCCGGACUGUUCAUACAGGCUAUACAGUCACGCUGUGACAACGUCUCCACGCCCACCAUGUUGAAGAAGACUCUCCAGUGUCUAGAAGGGAUCCACCUGUCCCAGUCUGGUUCUCUGUUGAUGCUCUACGUAGACAAACUGCUGAAUACUCCGUUCAGAGUCCUGGCUCGUAUGGUCGACACUCUGGCCUGCAGGAGGGUGGAAAUGCUGCUGGCUGAAACACUACAGAACAGUAUAGCCCAGUUGCCGUUAGAGGAACUGGACAGAAUCCAGGAAUACCUUCAGAUCAGUGGACUAGCUCAAAGGCACCAGAGGUUCUACUCCCUGCUGGACAGGUUCCGAGCCACCGUUGCCGAGGACACCAGCAGCCCCUCCCCUCCUGUGACAUCACACCCCCUGGAUGGGGAACCGCCACCUGCCCCUGAACUAGUCGAGGCUGACAAGGAGUGGUAUGUUGCCCUGGUGAGGUCACAGUGUUGUCUCCGUGGUGACGGGUCGUUCCUGGAGACAACGGAACUCCUGACCAAACUACCUCCUGACGACCUCUCUACCAUCAUGACCUGCAAGGACUUCAACCUGUCUCUCCUCUGUCCGUGUCUGAGUCUGGGGGUUCAGCGGUUAACCCGGGGUCAGGGGUCGUUGCUAUUGGAGACUGCCCUGGCCGUGACCCUGGAUCAGCUGGGCGAGGUCACACAGCUACUUCCUGUUCCUCACCAUUCCUUCCUGCCGCCGGCCAAACCUGACCCGGCCGAGCCCUACUGGGACAAACUGGCUAUCAUCUAUGGUGAGGCAGGGCUCUACCCGCGGGUGAUGUCUCUGUGUAGAGCGCUGUCUCAGUAUCUACUGUGUGUGGGUCAGCUUCCUUCCUCUCUACAAAUCCCUGAAGACAAACAACAUCUCAUCACCAUCUUCAUCGCCAUGGCUACCGAGUUGGUGGUGUGGCGUGUUCUCAAGGACAGUGUUCCUCUGAGUGUUGACCUGCAGUGGGCUCUGUCCUGCCUGUGUCUGGCCCUCCAACAGCCCUGUGUCUGGAACAGGCUGUCUACAGCCCGGUACAAAACACACACCUGCUCUGUCAUACACUGUCUACGGCUCCUCAUCACCGCAGUGGCGGUGGGUCCAGGUGACCAGCUCUUACAUCCAGAGAGGAAGAGAACCACAGGGUCAGACUGUGAUUCAGACCAGGUCCACUCUCCAAACACUGACAACGUGUGUGAGCGGCGGUCGUGUGAGAUCAUGGCCGAGCUGGUGGAGGGUCUCCAGAGCGUUCUGUCUCUGGGUCACCGUAGAAACAGCGGAAUCCCAGCCUUCCUCACGCCCACGCUCCGCAACAUCAUCAUCAGUCUGUCCAGACUGCCGCUGGUCAACAGCUACACCAGAGUACCGCCCCUGGUGUGGAAGCUGGGCUGGGCCCCUCGGCCAGGGGGAGAGUUUGGGACCACCCUGCCUGAGAUCCCUGUUGAGUUCCUUCAGGAGAAAGACGUCUUCAGAGAGUUCCUCUAUCGCAUCAACACACUGGGCUGGAGCAGUAGGACCCAGUUUGAAGAGACCUGGGCCACACUACUGGGAGUUCUGGUCACACAACCCAUCUCUAUGGACCAGGAGGAGGAGAGGGAACAGGAG